AUGGGCCGCAAAUUCCGGAAUCUGAGGUGGAUGCCUCACGUGAUCUCCUACAGCUUGUCACCCUUUGAGCAGUGCGCCUUCCAGAACUACUUCAGCAAAGGCAUCCCCAGCGUGCUGCACUGCACCCGCGAGCGCAUCCUGCCAAUGGCGUCAUUUGUAGCAUUCUAUCUGAUCUACACCUGGGGGAGCCAAGAGUUUGAGCGGUCCAAGAGGAAAAACCCAGCCAUGUAUAAAAAUGACAAGUGA